CCGCUCUUUCUUUGCCAGCCACCCAACCAUCUUCCUCCAUACUUUAUUUCUCAGCGACGCUCAGCGUUCGUACAUGUAAACCAUCGUCGCAAUUGGUUUUAGACGCGUCAAACCUUUCGAAUUACACCGCGCAGCCUGACAGUCCACGCAAAUUGCACAUUGCCCAAAAAUCAACGCGCCGCGCCUCGCAUCGCGUAACACUUCGCGCAUCAUGCCUCCUCAAAUUUCCGACCACUCUGAAGAUUCCGCAUCUGAGGACGAGAUCGCACCAAGAGGUGUUACAGCGGCAGACGUACCAGCAGCGAAGGAAGAAGACGACGAUGAUGAUGAAGAGCUCGAUGGAGACGAGUACGUGGUCGAGAAGAUCCUGAAGCACACAUACAACAAGAAGGGUACUGUAGAAUAUCAAGUCAAAUGGGUGGGGUACGACCAACCCGAAGAUCUGACUUGGGAACCCGAGGACAACUUAGACACAGCACCAGAGAUUCUUGCGGCAUAUUUCAAAGAAAUUGGUGGACGUCCCGAGCCACGCCAGCAAGGUAAACAGAGCAAGGGACGAAAGCGCAGCGCAACUGCUGUCGACAGCCCGGCUGUCAAGGCUGGAACGGGAAAGAAGAGAGGAAAGGUCUCUGAGGACGUUUCGCCCGAACCCACGGCGGCUAAGAAUAGUAACAACUUCGAUCUACCCAAGGGCUCAUGGGACGGGCAUAUUAAUUCAGUCGAUACAAUCGAAGAGACUGUAAACCCGAAGACCGGACAAGUCGAGCGUAUCGCAUAUGUCUUCUGGAAUGAUGGCAAGCGGUCGCAGCAUGCGCUCCGGGUACUCAACACCAAGUGUCCACAAAAGAUGAUUCAAUACUACGAGAGCCACCUCGUUUUCAGGGUUGGAACGAGCGCAGAUGACGAAUCUAAUGGCGUCUGAUGUCUAACAACAGUGUACUAUCGGCUUUACACAGACGGUUACGGAAAAGCUAUCGAUUGGCUAUGGAGCAUUUUGUUAGGUUGUGAUUCACUUCCAUUCUCUGUCUGUUCUAUACUAUUUGAUUUAGCCACGAGAGGUCUCAAGGCACUGUUGGACUGGGUGGGAGCUUGUCGGAUGGUACAUGAGGAACUUGAGAGAAAUCUAGCUCGCGCAUUGUGUACAAUCUAUACACUGUAGUUCGCAGUCUUGCGCUUGAAGCGUCUGCCUUUAGGGCCGGCACUUUCAGUGACUAGCGCAACUCAUAUGUGCCAAGAUUUUAACUAUUAAUAGUACCUAGAAGCCCC